AACAGUCCAGUGCUGGACUUAAUUGUUUUUCGCAAAUAGCUCAUUUAAUAUUUUAGCUUUGUCAUUAAUGAAGGUGGUUUGACUCAAGGGACACUAGUUUUCAGGACUAUUUCUUCUGGGAACUUAUUGAUGUUCCCUAAAAGCCCUUGCGUAAAGUAUCCAACCUCAGACGAACUUCUUCCCUGUCUGCACUUCGUGAAUGAACGGACGCUGUCACCGUGCAGCAGACUCUGUAUGUUCUAUGUUUUUAUUUAGUUUUAUACAUGAGUCAUCAGUGAAGGCAGACGCAGACACCGUGAUUCACAGUAGUAUUUGCAUAAAGUGAUUACAAGACGCGGCGACAAACGCAUGACAAACUGCGUGUCUGGUGGAUUUCUCCACAUAAUCCCUUGAGUGAAAGGUAAAUAUUCUUCGUGUUGCAUCUACGCGCUGUAGUCGUCUGUGUUUUUUAGUCUGUGUGCCCACGGCAGGUGUGAGCGUGUCAAAGCCGACUGAAGGUGGUCUGUGACUCUGUGUCGAGUUCACUCAUCACGUGUUGUGUCUGUCUCAGUGUGAACAUGAUGUUCAGUAUCUGCUCUGCUGCUGUACAGCACAGUCACGCUGCUCUCUACGAGCCGUGCGGACAGACACACACCCUUCACUGCUCCCCAAAGUCGCUCGAACUGCAAGUGUAGGAUAAAUGUUUGUUUGUUUUUGUAACUGCGGGGAACUUGUCGUGGAGACCGUGAGCAGCACAAAGACACAGACGUUGCUCUGAAGAGAAAGUGAGACGCUGCCAUGAAGAAAAAGGACAAAUCUGUCACAGGCAGCUGGCCUCUGGACAACAACCUGAUCUCCUCUGAGGUGAAGAACUCCUGUCAUCCCAACUUAAAGAUUUUCCUAGCAGCCUUGUCUUUUUCCUACUUUGCGAAGGCUUUAUCUGGCAGCUACAUGAAGAGCACAAUAACACAACUGGAAAGGCGGUUUGACAUCUCGAGUUAUCUGAUUGGUAUCAUUGAUGGGAGCUUUGAAGUGGGGAAUUUAUUGGUAAUUGCCUUUGUGAGCUACUUUGGUGCCAAACUUCACCGUCCCAAAAUCAUAGCAGUUGGAUGUGUCCUGAUGUCAUUGGGAACCUUCCUGAUGGCCAUGCCACACUUCAUCAGCGGCCGCUACAAGAUUGAAACAUCUGCUAGAUCUUCAGUGAAUUCAACCAGCAACCUCUCACCAUGUCCAGUAAGCUCACCUGAGUCCAUGAGUGUGGCCGACAGACCGUCUGUACUGCAAUCCAGAAGUUGUGUACGAGAAUCCAGUGUUUCCAUGCUGGUCUACGUGUUUUUGGGAAAUGUACUGCGUGGGAUCGGAGAGACUCCAAUACAACCACUGGGAAUCUCCUACAUUGAUGAUUAUGCAGAGUCGAAGAAUGCUGCCCUCUAUAUUGGUUGUGUCCAAACAAUAUCAAUCAUCGGUCCUGUCUUUGGGUACUUACUCGGGUCACUCUGUGCCAAGAUCUAUGUUGACAUUGGCUAUGUGGACGAGGAGACUGUGAAUAUCACUCCAAGUGAUGCCCGCUGGGUUGGAGCGUGGUGGUUGGGCUACAUCAUCGCUGGCAUCAUCACUCUCAUGGCUGCUGUUCCUUUCUGGUUCCUUCCCAAAUCACUGCCAGUGCCUGUGGAGAAACAUGACACCAGCUGCACACCAGAGCAAACAAGGUUCAUCAAAGACUCCCCUGGCUUGAAGUUCAGAUGCGAGGAGCCAGCUAAUUUACAUCAGAUGGCCAAGGAAUUCAUGCCCACACUGAAGAGACUUCUUAAAAAUCAAUUCUUCAUCAUCUACUUGCUCGUGACCAUCAUACAGUUCAACUCUCUCAUUGGGAUGGUCACCUACAAACCCAAAUAUAUUGAGCAGCACUAUGGACAGUCAGCAUCAAAAGCAAAUUUUCUAAUGGGUGUUAUCAACAUCCCGGCUGUAGCUCUUGGAAUGUUCUCUGGAGGUGUUGUCAUGAUGAAGUUUAACUUGGGUGUCAUGGGUGCAGCCAAGUUUGCCUUUGGAACCUCUUUGCUGGGAUACUUCCUGUCUCUCUUUUUCUUUGCCAUGGGCUGUGACAACGCCAAAGUGGCAGGCAUCACUCUUUCAUAUGCUGGCGUGGAAGGAGUUUCUUAUCAGGAAAAAUCUCUCUUCUCCAACUGUAACUCUAAUUGUUUGUGCUCGGGAAGAGAGUGGGAUCCAGUAUGUGGACAGAAUGGAAUAACUUAUGUUUCCCCGUGCUUGGCUGGAUGCACCUCCUUCUCUGGCUCUGGAAAAAAUAUGGUUUUUAACAACUGUAGGUGUUUGCCCCUGGCUAACCCUCAACCAGGCAAUUUGACAGUCGUUUUGGGUCAGUGUCCCCGCAGUGACAGCUGUGACAAAAUCUUUCCAUACUUCCUGGCUUUGUCUGUCCUCAGCUCCUUCAUUAUUUCUCUUGGAGGGACACCUGGCUUUGUGCUACUCAUCAGGUUUAUACAGCCUGAGCUGAAAUCUUUUGCCCUGGGAAUCCACACACUGGCCACUCGCACACUUGCUGGAAUCCCUGCCCCCAUUUACUUUGGUGCUGUAAUUGACACAACCUGCCUGAAAUGGGGAAACAAAGUGUGUGGAGGAAGAGGUGCAUGUAGAAUAUACAACACCUCAUGA